AUGUCCAACGACAAUAAUAAGCAGGAAGAUCCAAUACUGAAUGGAUCGGAGGUGGAGGUGGUGGAGGAAGAAAGCAUUGACAGUCAAGUGAAGGAGACGAGUGAUGUCGGGACAGAGACUUCGGUUCCAUUGGAGGACUCACAUGGCGGUCCGAUUGAAGACCCCCCACAGAGACCGCCUUCCCACUACACUACCAACGACAAGUCGACAAGUAGUGGAGAUGGUCGUUCCAUGCAGUGGCUCUAUAUUGCUGCCAUUUUCUUUUGUUUGGCCGUGCUGGUCGCCAUUUUGAUUCUCAUUUUGCACUUUACCAUUGGACAAAAAGAUGACAAUGACAACAAGGCAACAGCGACGGCAGAACAACCCACCGAUCCUCCUACACAAGUGUGGUUGGAUCCCGAGUGGGUAAAAUCGAUUCAAGAACGGGAAACCACGCCCUUGGAUCCGUACGAUCACUCGAAUCCUGACUGUUCUCUGGGCAAUUACGUGCAACCCCAUGUCAUACUCCAAUGUCACUGUCAAGAACAAAUCACCGUCGUGGCCGAUGACAUUCGAUUCCUCUAUCAAGAACUCGUCGACAAUCUCUAUCCACUGUUGCAUCCCAAUGACACACGUCCGACCAUUACAUCGUGUCAUGCCCGCAAUUUGGCCCUGUUGUGGUUGGCCAGUGGCAGCACGACACGCGCCGCUAGUGAAUGGCUCGAUCAACGCUACGUGAUGGCAGUAUUGUACAAUGAAUGGUCGGGCACUGACUGGGAUGAACAAAAUCUCUGGUGGAGCGACAAUGCGCACGAAUGUACGUGGCUCUAUGUCACGUGCAACAGCGACCAACAAGUCGUCUCGUUGGGCAUGGACGAAAUGCAUUUGUAUGGAACAAUUCCUACCGAAUUGGCAUUGUUGUCGGAAUUGCGCGGUAUUUCCGUGACCCGCAAUCAUUUGUCGGGGACAGUGCCCACGGAAUUAUUUCUAUUGACCAAAUUAAAAGUGUUGAGUUUCUACGACAAUGAAUUGACCGGCUCCAUUCCUUCGCACAUUCAACAACUCUCGUCUUCACUGCUCCAAUUGCGAUUGGAAAAGAAUGAACUGUCGGGGAGUUUGACGACUCAGAUUGGAGCCCUGUCCGAAUUGAUGGAAUUGUCACUCGGCUUCAACGCGAUUCAGGAAGAUAUCCCGAGUGAAAUUGGAUACUUGACGCAACUCGUGUCGCUGUCCUUGGAAGAAAAUCGAUUUUCCAAAGUAAUCCCUACCAGUAUUGGCAUGUGUACGCAACUACGAGAAGUCUACUUGUCGGAAUGCUUAUUGAGUGGACCCCUUCCCUCCACGAUGGGGUUGUUGACCGAAUUGGAAGUGUUGCAAUUGUUCGGAUCGGGAUUGGCAGGAUCGGUGCCAACCGAGUGGGGGAAUAUGGUGGCGUUGCAUCGGUUGGAUAUCAAUGACAACAAACUGACCGGACCAUUUCCCAGUGAAUUGGGACAAGUGACGGAAUUAUAUUAUCUCACUGCCAACGAAAAUCUCCUCACCGGUUCCAUACCGACAGAAUUUGGGUUGCUCACCAACAUGACUCGCAUGGAAAUCUUUGGCAAUGACUUGUCCGGCACGGUCCCUUCCGAGCUAGGCGAGAUGACGCUCUUGGAUCUAUUUCAACUUUAUCACAAUCCAAGAAUUACUGGAACCAUGCCAGACGAAGUUUGUGCCUUGCACGAAACGGGAGACCUUACCUUGCUCAUGGUGCAGUGUCCCCGAGGGGAUGAAGGAGUGGAAUGUCCCGAUGAUUGCUGUCGAUGUAGGCCGGGCAAGUGA